ACACAUCCGGGUCUCCCGGCGAGCAGCCCUCUCCCCAUUUAGACGGACGCCAUUUUGGACACACAUCACUAACAUGCAUGUAAACCCCCAGCGACCUCUCGACGCAGCGCCGCGGAAAACAACGUCUGCCUCGGUCACCGGAGCCGCUUCGACCGCUUCUUCUGUCUUCUUUUCCACCUCCCUGCCUCCGUAGUUUCUUCUUUCGCUCUCGGCGGCGGUUGCGGCGGCGGCCGACACACGCUACACGGUGCUGGCUGGCGGAGGCUUCUUCCGCUGGAGGGGACCGGAGAGGCCUGCGGUCGGUUUGAUCCCCGGACCGAUGAUUUGGACCGGCUUAGGGUGUUGAUGAACCAGGCGGGGGACCUGCGGGCUGCGUUUAGAAACGGAACAUGUCUUUCUCAUGGCUGACUUGUUCACUUCUUCUGGGAACUUUGUGCGCAGGGUACAGUCUGGGCGAGGCGGAGACCCGGGAGUGCGUGUUCUACAAUGACAACUGGCGUGCAGAGAAGACCAACCAGAGCGGCUUUGAGCGCUGCGAUGACAAGGACAAGGACAAAGACAAGCGGCUGCACUGCUACGCCUCCUGGCUCAACUCCUCAGGGACCAUCAAGCUUGUGAAGAAAGGCUGCUGGCUGGAUGACUUCAACUGCUACGACAGGCAAGAAUGCGUCUCCAUGGAUGAGAACCCUCAGGUCUUCUUCUGCUGCUGCGAGGGCAACUACUGCAAUGAGCGCUUCACCCACCUCCCUGACAUGAUUGGCGCUGGCAACCGAGUCAAAAUCCGGCCUCCACCCAGAGUGCCGUCCAUGCUCAACGUGCUGGUCUACUCCCUGCUACCUCUCUGCGUGCUCUCCCUGGCAAUCAUCCUGGCUUUGUGGAUGUACCGCCACCGUAAGCCCCCCUACGGCCAUGUGGACCUCAGCGAGGACCCCGGACCCACUCCUCCCUCCCCCCUGAUGGGUCUGAAACCCCUACAGCUGCUGGAAAUCAAAGCCAGGGGGCGCUUUGGUUGCGUUUGGAAAGCCCAGCUCAUGAGCGAAUACGUUGCCGUCAAGGUUUUCCCAGUGCAGGAUAAGCAGUCGUGGCAAAACGAGCGAGACAUUUUCCUGACGGCGGGCAUGCGGCACGAGAACAUCCUGCGCUACAUUGCUGCUGAGAAGCACGGAGCCAACCUGGAGACGGAGCUGUGGCUCAUCACGGAGUUUCAUGAGAGGGGGUCGCUGACCGAUCACCUUAAGGGCAACACUGUGACCUGGGGCGAGCUGUGCCACAUAGCCGAGACCAUGUCCCGUGGCUUGGCCUACCUCCAUGAGGACAUUCCCAGCUACAAGGGGGAAGCACCCAAACCCACCAUUGCGCACAGGGAUUUCAAGAGUAAGAAUGUGAUGCUCCGAAACGACCUGACGGCAAUCAUCGGAGACUUUGGGCUGGCUGUCCGCUUCGAACCAGGAAAACCUCCAGGAGAUACUCAUGGCCAGGUGGGCACGAGGCGCUACAUGGCUCCAGAGGUGCUGGAGGGAGCCAUCAACUUCCAGCGGGACUCCUUCCUGAGGAUCGACAUGUACGCCAUGGGCCUGGUGCUGUGGGAGCUGGUGUCUCGCUGCACCGAGACGGACGGUACCGUGGGCGAGUACAUGCUGCCGUUUGAGGACGAGAUAGGCCAGCAUCCAUCCCUGGAGGACCUGCAGGAUGUGGUCGUGCACAAGAAAAUGCGUCCAGUCAUCAAGGACUGCUGGCACAAACAUCCUGGUCUGAGUCAGCUGUGCGAGACCAUCGAGGAAUGCUGGGACCACGACGCCGAGGCCCGCCUGUCGGCCGGCUGCGUGGAGGAGCGCAUCGGUCAGAUCACCAGGACCACCGGCAGCACUACCUCAGACGGCCCCGUCUCCAUCGUGACGUCGCUCACCAACGAGGACCUACCUCCCAAAGAGUCCAGUACCUGAACGGGGGCGGGAGCGGCGGGUACCAUCUUUUGCCUCCCGAGCGCCCUUUUUUUGGUCAAACCCAAACUCAGUGGAUUUGCGUGAAUAUUUAAUAAUAACAACGUAGAGGAGGAAGAAAAGACUAUCACGUUUUGAAUGCAGCUGCUAUUUUAUCCCGAUACUGGCAUUUUUUAAUUUUUCUACAUCUAACACACACAUCCUUCUGCUGUAGUUGGGGAGUAGUAUAAGCUAUGCGACGGCAACAGUACAUGUCAUUACCUCAUAAUUCAUUUGAGUCGCUCUUGGUUUUUUUCCCUUGAAUUACCUCAUGAGUUUUUAUGUUUAGUUUGACGUCCCCCCACCCCCGUGUGGUCACGAGCAGCCAAAUGAACUGAACUCUUCAGCUCCAAACCUUGGGAGGAUGCGUUUUUUGAGACUGUUUAGACAAAAUAUAUUCAUCUUCCUCAGGGGUCGAAGCUUCUCCGAAACUCUGGUGUGCUCCCUUAUUUUAAGCCCGUGAAUGCCUCUCUCCCAACACGACAGAAGAGAAACAAAACGGAAAAUAAUGGAGCACAGUGUUUUUUAUGGAGCUAAAUAGGUGCUGAGCAUUGGUAUUAUUAUUAUUAUUGUUGUUGUUUGAAUUAUUAUUAUUAUUGUUGAGACAUUUGGACUUGUCGGAGAUGUCGGGGGCACGUGUGGUGCUCCCUCGGGGAACUACCUCUCUCAGGUAUCCAAUAGGCUUCUGUAGGAGCUUUUAUCUCCAAGCGGAGAGCCAAGCUAGCUGUCACGGAAAUGUCCCGGAUUCAUUUGUCAUUGCUUUGUUGCGUAGAAAUUCCCGCUUACUCCUUUGCCAGUGCCGGGAGCAUUGACCAAUGCUGCCUGGAGUUGCAAUGUUACACAGGAUUCAUUUCCACCGUGUGGGCGGCAGACCAUCGAGUGAAUGUACCGUUACGUCAAUAGUUGGUCAGAGCGUGGUUACAUUAGCAGUCGGAUUGGGUGGAUUUGUCUGUUUUUGGCUGGCUAGGACAAAGUGGCAAAGGACUGGAAGAUGUGUGGAGCUAUUUCCAUUCAUGAUUAUCACAGAAACAUGAACAUGAUGAAUAGGGCCUUGUAUGUUUAUCGUUGGAAAGGCCUACAUCGGUGCUUCCCAAACCCUCUACUCCUUCACACUGCAGAAUCAUAACCCUUUUCAUCUUCUUUAACUUGAAAUAUUGAUCGCAAAUCAUUGGUUACUUCAUUUUAGCGUUUCCAACCCAUUCAAUCACGACAAGGUAGUAUCGGAAGCACCAAAACGCCUACCGUACAGCAUAACCAACGAUAACCCCUGCUGCGCCGGAAAUGAAAGCUGAAACACUCUUAAAGGGGACGUCCACUUUUUGGGGAAUUUUGUCCAUCGUCCCCAAUCCUUAUGUGAAACAUGAACACAUAUUUCUUUUAGUUUUCUGUGUAUUACAACACCAGAAAACCAGUUCAUACGAGCUAGCUAACCAUGCACUGGGAGACACCUAUUUCUAUGCUAGUUCCGUCAACAACACUUAGGAUGUCCCCUCCCCUUGGGAUGGCCGUGUCUUCCAGCACGAGGCGUGUGCUCCGGUCCUCAGGUCAAAAUGCUGACGGCAAACCAGCAUCUUGUUGAGUCUUGGUAGCCAAACGGAGGGCUAGCUAUCCACUCUGUGUCUGUGGAUGACGCUGAGAUUAGCGAUUAGCGAGGCGCCGUGUUAGUCCGCCAGAUAAAAAAACCAAUAAUACCGCUGUAGCUUGGUUAACAUAUAACUCAGUUAUGGAAGUUCCCCUUCAAUGCAGGAAAUAAUCCUCUUAGUUGAUAUAACCAACAAGGCUCAAUGCCCCUUCUCUCCUUUCGCUUUGCACUGUGAGGCAUUCAGGCACACUCAUAAUUGGAGCCAAUUGUUUUUCAUUUUUCUUCACGUACCCCCCACGACAAUUGGUGUAGCCCACUUGCGAUUGACUCGGUUUUGCGUUCUUUCUUUGAGCGGUGUAUAUUUUCACCUUUGUGACAGAUGUUUUUAACAGAAUAAAAUAACCAAAAAUCAAGGAUUUUAAUCAUCAUAAAUGUUUUUAAAUAAUCCAAAAUGUUUUAAAAUAAUGAUUUGGAAUAUUGGGUUAUUUUUUAUAUUUUCAAGUAUAAAUGAUUGACAGUCGGUACAAGUCCCAGCCAGUAUUUAAGCUUAUAUUUGAUUACAAUAUUUCUUUUCCCGAAUAUUAACAAUGACAUUCAUGACAAAAAUAAUCUGCAAACAUAAUAAUAAUUUGGAAAAUGAAAAAAAUGGCUUUCCAUUUCCGUUGUGGUUUUCCAGCUUAUUUAGGAAUUCUAAAUGUCAUUUUCUCCGGUCUAUGGGAUCGUUUGUGGUCCCAACUGGGCGUCCUGAUGUCUUGCAGCCUUUUCCCACUUUGUCCUUCCCAGCCACGGUAGACCCGCCCACCAUCGUUGUGGGCUUGGCUACGGCUUUGGUGUGUUUUGGAUUUGGACUUUUUGCUUUUUAACCCUGCUAGCGCUAUACUGGAGCAUAAGCGACUUGUCUUUCAUUUAGUAUUAUUAUUGUUAUUAUUUUCAUUCUGGCCUCGUGUGGAACAGAUUGCCACUUUUCUCCCCCUCUUGAUACCUCAGUGUGUGUGCGUGUGUGUGCGUGCGUGAUGCAAAGAGACGUUUGCCUUUUAGUCUCGGAUGCAGUGAAGACGGGUGCCGAGUGCUCCAUGUCCUUCUGACGUGAAACGUUGCUGAAUGUCUGUUAUGCUGCUGUGACUAUUCCAGGAUACUCAAGGAUUUGUAUUCUUGGUGGAUAUACACCAUCCAUGACGUGGCGUCUUAUGUCCUCGUGUCCUUUGUGUCGUCCGUGAUGAUGAUGAUGAUGAUGAUGAUGAAGGGGUGAGCCCUCAGAUGGUUUCUCUUCUCCAGACUGACCUCAGAUAUUCUGACAAAAGUACCUCAGGCUUUUUUUCUACAUGUGUAUCAACUUGUCUUAAGUAUUUGCAUACUAGUCCUGUCUGUGGAGAUUGUUUUUCAUUCAAUUUCUAUUAUUUUCUAUCCUUUUGCCCUCUUUUUUAUUUUUUUAAU